UAGACCAUCCCACUCACAGCAGAACCAACCUCACAGCAAUCAUUAACCGCAGAAUGGGAUAGCGCAGUUGUCUGGUUAUGGAGAAGUCUUCAGAGGAUGAACACAUGCAUUACAGGAUAACUUGACUGUUUGUUGUAUUGGAGUUGCUAUUAUAUGAAAAGGGUCAGUAAAAAGAUACGAUUUAGUUGCAGUAAAACGUUCGCUGUAGUUGUAGAUUUUUUGCUGUUUACGUGACACGACCAUAUAAUGCUGCCUUGGAAGAAGAACAAGUUCGACCUGAUAGAUGAAGAUAAACAGUCGAAGCAGAAGGGUUAUGCCGUGAGUUUGAACUACUCUGCGCUGACCUCCUUUGCCAAGUCUUGUCCGGAGAGUGCUUUGAACAGGGUUGGAAGCAUGUUCAAGUCAAAAAGGAAAAAGGUGAAAAUUACCAGCGAAGACCCCACAUACACGGUCCUCUACCUGGGCAAUGCCACCACCAUCCAGUCGAAAGGAGAAGGCUGUACGGACGUGGCUGUGAGCAAGAUUUGGGGCAAGAGCGAAAUGGGCAAAAAUGGCACGAAGAUGAAACUGACCAUCAGCUCGCAGGGAAUCCGGAUGGUGCAUGUGGACGACAAGGCGAGGAGACCGGGACAUUUGUAUUUAUUGCACCGGAUAACCUAUUGCGUUGCCGACCCAAGAUUACACAAAAUUUUCGCUUGGAUAUACAGACAUGAGAUGAAGCACAAGGCAGUGAUGCUGCGAUGCCAUGCGGUGCUGGUGUCCAAGCCGGAGAAGGCAAAGGCCAUGGCACUGCUUUUGUACCAGACCUCGGCAACAGCGCUUGCUGAAUUUAAAAGACUCAAAAGGAGGGACGAUGCAAGGCACCAGCAACAGCAGCUGAUAGGGGAACAAACCAUACCCCUUGUGCCUCUCAGGAAGCUUCUAAACGGACAGUGUUAUUACAAACCCCCGGUGGAGCGCAGCAGGAGCGCACCCAAAUUGGGCUCUAUCACAGAGGACUUGAUCGGAGAGGAGGAGGAGGAGAAAGCGAUGCUCUUUGAGUGUGAGGACAUUCUAGACACGAAUGACGAUUGUGUGGGCAAUGGUAAACAGGAGCUGUCCCAGAUUAUCAGUGACCUUGGAGAGAUGUGCAUUGGAAACGACGUACAAACGCUAAAAGCGGACUUUAGGGUUACCCGACUCCUCUCCGGGGAGAGCACGGGCAGCGAAUCGUCAAUAGAAAGCAACCAGGAGCCAAUUUCGGUCUCUAACGGAUUCGAGGGGGGAAGAUGCAGGAAAUAACAUAAAUAAGUCUGCAUUGUCCUGGAGCCAAAAUUGCCUCCACAAAUAAUUUGCUUUUCUGUUUAUUUCACGCUGUCCAUUAAAUGAGUGUAGGCAAUGCCUGUAGUAUUGCGGCUCCUCGUGAAAGGAUACAUGUUACAAUGAUUGUGGACAUAAUCCGCACAAAAAACACCUAUUAUUGAAUGAUAUUCUGGGAAAACAUGGAUAGUCUACAGAAAAGGGGAGGACUGCAUGCUGAGACUGAACCCCAAACUCGCAGUGCGCACCAGGACAGUGAUUUCCACUCUUCAAUAAGAGGGUUUGUAUUAGAGCUUGUUUACCCAACCUAUUUCCCUCAUGGAAAUGACAUUCUUCUUGAACAACAUUGUCCACGAAUAUGUAACUUUACGUUUUAAAAGCACGUUUACUUUUUGGCUCGAUGGGUUAGAGUAGAUGUCCCUCACUCUCCUUUCAGAACGCUUUUCUACAAUUAAAAACUGUUGUUAAAUUCAGUCGAGUAUUACGUUUAUUAGGCUAUGUGUAUAAUAUCGUUUUCUCGUAGGCCUAUAUGGUCUCAUAAACAUAAUGUCAUAUCUUUGCUGUGCAAAAGAAAAUUACCCUAAUGUAUUAAUAUGUACAUCGUAAAUGCAUUAUGUGUAUACAGAUAUCCAUUCUUUUUUAAAGGAGAACAUGUGGUUUGUUUAUGUGAACCUUAAAAAAAGACCAAUACAAAAUAAAAAUGAAAGAAUAUGCAGG